AUGGACAAAGAUUGCGACAUGGUUUAUAAGAAUGUUUCUGACAUAUAUAAAUCUGAGGAGUUUAAGACUUACGAUAACUUUGUUUCAUUAGUUGCUGAAUGUGUUUGGGAAAUAAGAGAUAAAGAUAGAAGAGGCAAAGUAUGGAACGAACAACUAAGACCCGCUAUGUUUGAGAUGAAGAGAGCAAUUGACGCCUUAGUUGUUUUAGCAGGUCAAAUUUCAAUGUAUAACGCAAAAAUGAACCCGCAAUGUUCAAAAUGUAAGGCAGCAAUUAGGAAAUAUAACUACUCAGUCAAAGAGAUAGAAAGAAUGAGAAACGACUAUGCAGAUUUAAAGAAAGAAGUAGAAAAGCCAGCAGAAGAUAAAAUGGACAUGUUAGCAUUUCUGAACAAAAACUAUCCAACAGCAGAAGAUUUCCUUCUAUCUGACGUCAAGAAGAAGUAUAAAGAAACCUUCGGUAUUGUUAAAACUUUUGAUAUCCUCAGCGAAGAAAUAGAAGCUACAAAACUGUUUAGGAUUUCAAAUAUACAUCGUACAAUUCAUGUAAAACGCUUGUGA